UCUUUAAAUCACUCAUGGUCUCCCAUUAGUUCAACUUUUAUCAUUGAUUCCUCAAUACUCAACAAUCAUACUCGUAGAAAAUCAAAAGAAAAACAGAAAAAAAGUACAUACCUUUGGCAGUCUCAAGACUUUCAGGGUCUCAGCGUCUUCAAGAUAACUUGGCCAAAAUUUUGGUUGUCCAAGAUUGUAAGCCAGAGUUGCAUCUCAUGCUUUGCAAGGUAGGCAAAGACAAAUUGGUUGAUAGUCGAGGUAUUUGAUCAAAUACAAUUCCACUAGCUUUCCUUGGACACUCCCGGAACUUCCUUCACGAGGGCCAUUGGUGGUCUGCUCUGCUGUUAGUUCAACUUAUACCAUCCGUUCCUCAACACUCAACAAUCAUAACACCUAAUCUUGGCAGAGUCUCAAGGUUUUUAGCUUCCUCAAGUUUUCUAGUCAGUUUCAGGAUCUAGCGGUUCUCAACUUCUUCAAGUUUUCAAGAAAACUUGUCUUGAUUUCAAGGUAAUGGAGCUCACUGGAAAAUUAAUGGAGGCACUUGGGAAUUUGGCAUUCGACAGAGGAAGUAAGUAUUUCUAUUUGGUUGAUAAUCUAAGGUCGCUCGAAACGAAGUUGCAAAGAUUACGCAACAGGAAAAUUGACUUCGAGUCGAAAGUGAAAGUUGCAGAAAGAUCAGGUACUAAGAAAAGGAAAAGGGAGGUUGAGAAUUGGUUUGAUGAGGUAGCCAAAAUAGAGAAUGAAUUCGUUGCAUUGAAAACGAGCAUACAAGAGGGUGGAUUUCUAGAAAAUGCAAUUAGCAGUGGGAAAAGAGUGGAGAAAAUGGACGAGAUUGUAGAGCAACUGAUGGGGCAAAGUGAUAGUGAUCAUUUUGGUGAGCUUUGCCUUGAGGCUUCUGAGAGCAGAGGUGAGCCGCGAGAGAUAACAGAAUUAUUUGGAGAAAUGUUUCGCAAAGGUCUGAAAACAAUCACGGCGUGGUUGGACACCAAUGAGAUCUUAAGGAUUGGGAUCUGGGGGAUGGGUGGCGUUGGCAAGACUACAUUGGCGGAACACAUCCAUGAUCACCUCCUUGAGAAUACUCAAUCCUUAAGGGUUUAUUGGGUUUCUGUCUCCCAAGAUUUUACCAUCAAAGGGCUGCAAGGUGACGUUGCUAAACGCUUAGGGCUUGAUCUGUCACACGAGGAUGAUGAAAAAGAGAGGGCACGUAAGUUGGGUGACAAAUUCGAGAAAAUGGAGGAAAUGGUAGUGCUCAUAUUGGAUGAUGUUUGGGAAGAAUUUCGUUUAAACAGCUUAGGGAUUGGUGCAAGAAAUUGCAGACUGAUUUUGACUACACGCUCAUUAGAAGUGUGCAACCGCAUGCGAUGCCAAAGCAAAUUUGAAUUGAAAACUUUGGACACAGAGGAAGCUUGGGGUUUGUUCGAGCGUACACUUGGCAGCGAGACCGUGCUUGACGGAGGUUUGAAAGAUACUGCCAAGUCCGUUGCGAAAAGGUGUGGUGGUUUGCCUCUUGGUAUUGUCGUAAUGGCUGGGAGCAUGAUAGGUGUGACCGACAUCCAUGAGUGGAGAAAUGCAUUGGUAGACUUGAAAGCUGGAGGGAACGAUGAGAUGGAAGAAAAGGUGUUUCGCAUCCUGGAAUGGAGUUUCAAUCGCCUAAAUAAAUGUGAAAAGAAUUGCUUCUUGUAUUGCUGUCUUUAUCCGGAAGAUCGGAAAAUAAGAAGAGAGGAACUAAUAGACCUGUUUAUUGGGGCAGAGCUGAUGUCAAAACGGGAAUCAUGGUCAGAAGAAUUUGAUCAAGGUCACACAAUAUUAAACAAACUGAUUAGAGUUUGCUUGCUAGAAAAAACUACAGAUUUCGAAGGGGAUGACCGUGUGAAGAUGCAUGAUUUGGUCAGAGACAUGGCAUUAAGGAUCACAACGCAUGGAAACUCCAAACCAGAGAGCAGCAGAGUUGAUGUACCGCGAUUCUUGGUGAAAAGCAUGGGAAAGGGAAAUUCAAAAGUAACAACACUGGAACAAGAAAAGUGGACACAAGAUCUCCAUGCAGUCUCCUUCUAUUCAGAUAGAUUUCAAUAUAUAAAAAUAGAAAUUCCACCAGCCUGGUCACCUAAUUGUCCUAAGCUCUCAACCUUGCUUCUUUCUCGGGUUUCCAUAAAAGAAAUCCCAGAUUCAUUCUUUCAGCACAUGUGUGGACUUAAAGUUUUGAAUCUAUCUUGGUGCUAUGGUAUAACAGAGCUGCCUAAUUCUGUUUCAGACUUGGUGAAUCUCACUGCCCUGAUUUUGGGGGAUUGUAGACGCCUCCGAUUUGUGCCACCACUGGGAAAGCUCAAGCAGUUGAGGGAUUUGGAUCUAUCCGGAACUGAGAUUGAGGAUUUUCCUGAAGGCUGGGAGUCACUGGUCAAUCUCGAAAGGCUUAAUUUGCACCGUUGUCAGGCUGUAAGACAAAAGAUAAUACCAAAAGGGACAUUUUUCCAAUUUUACCGUCUUCAAUGGCUAUUAUUGCCACCCUACAGUAUGAUACAAGUUAAUGAUCCAGAAGUGUUGAACCAAUUAAAAAGUUAUACAGGAUAUUUGUCUUUAACGAACUUCUAUAAAAUUACUCGGUGGCCAAAAUACUAUACUGUUUAUAUCAAUGACAUCUCAACUGAGGGUCCGUUUUAUAAAUUGGAUCAUUAUGAGGACCAGCAACAAUUGCAUUUCCAUCAGUGUAAGCUUGGUAGAGGAUCGAACAAUCUGCCAGAUGAUAUGGAACGUCUGAGAAUCGAGGAUUGUGAGGGCAUGGGCAUUAGGUGCUUGUCAGAUGUUUUUAAGAAUUUUAUAAAUUUAAGCCACUUAUCUGAAUUGCAUAUUAAGGAUUUGGUUGGAAUAGAGUUCCUCUGGCAAUUGUCCUCUGCUUCUCCACGUCAUCAGUUGGAAGUCUCGUCUUUUAGUCCACUCUGUCAUCUCGAAGCGCUAAGCCUCAGGAGGUUGCCAAAUCUGGUUGGUCUUUUUUACGGAGAAUCAGAACCAUCAUAUUUGCUUCCAGCUGGCACCUUUUCUUCCCUCAAAGAAUUGAGCAUUUCUGGAUGUCACAACAUGAAGCAGCUAUUCACAGUGCAGUUGCUGCAGAACCUUCAAAAUCUUGAAACAUUAACAGUUAAAGAUUGUAAAGGACUGGAGGAGAUAGCAGCAGAUGGCAAUGGAGUAGGACAAGGAGGAGGAGAAGGCACCCAAUUGACUUCAAGUGAAGGAGCCACCGCCACUGUCACCCUUCCGAAAUUACGGAGGUUGCAUCUGAAUCAGCUGCCACAACUGAAGAGCAUUUGCAAGGCAGCCAUGAUCUACGAAUCAAUUGAGGUUAUUGCAAUAUUUAAUUGUCCAAAUUUAAAGAGGCUGCCUUCGUUUCUUUCCACCAUCGACGGACCACCAUAUUUGCUUCCAGCUGGCACCUUUUCUUCCCUCAAAGAAUUGAGCAUUUCUAAAUGUCACAACACGAAGCAGCUAUUCACGGUGCAGUUGCUGCAGAGCCUUCAAAAUCUUGAAGAAUUAUACGUUGAAGAUUGUGAAGGACUGGAGGAGAUAGCAGCAGAUGGCAAUGGAGUAGGACAAGGAGGAGGAGAAGGCACCCAAUUGACUUCAAGUGAAGGAGCCACCGCCACUGUCAUCCUUCCAAAAUUAAGGCGGUUGCGUCUGGAUAACCUGCCACAACUGAAGAACAUUUGCAAGGCAGCCAUGAUCUGCGAUUCAAUUGAGGAUAUUGAAAUAUUUAAUUGUCCAAAUUUAAAGAGGCUGCCUUCGUUUCUUUCCACCAUCGACGGACCACCAUAUUUGCUUCCAGCUGGCACCUUUUCUUCCCUCAAAGAAUUGAGCAUUUCUAAAUGUCACAACACGAAGCAGCUAUUCACGGUGCAGUUGCUGCAGAGCCUUCAAAAUCUUGAAGAAUUAUACGUUGAAGAUUGUGAAGGACUGGAGGAGAUAGCAGCAGAUGGCAAUGGAGUAGGACAAGGAGGAGGAGAAGGCACCCAAUUGACUUCAAGUGAAGGAGCCACCGCCAAUGUCACCCUUCCGAAAUUAUGGAGGUUGAGUCUGGAUAAGCUGCCACAACUGAAGAACAUUUGCAAGGCAGCCAUGAUCUACGAAUCAAUUGAGGAGAUUGCAAUAUUUAAUUGUCCAAAUAUAAAGAAGCUGCCUUCGUUUCUUUCCACCAUCGACGGACCACCAUCUCUUCCUAGCACUCUUCGUAAAAUCAGGGGAGAUAAAGAAUGGUGGGAAUCAUUAGAGUGGGACAAUCUGUGUGCCAAAAAAGCCCUCGGCCCAUUUUUUACCAUAGAUCGGUGCCGGUGGGCU